GAAGUAUGCCCUCUGAAAGAAAACAUUAGUCCACAGAAUACCAAACGAUACGAUAAGACGCAGCAUGGAAAUAAAACACGAUAUUAUCGAUGAAAUUAGAACUCGGCAGCUGAUAUGGUAUCGACACGUACAGAGAAUGCCACAACAUCGAAUCCCAAAAAAAAAUUAGAUUGGAACCCUCAAGGAAGAAGGAAACGAGGCUGCCCACGCAAGAGCUGGAGAGAGGGAUAGAUUGGAAUGGAGAUUAGGAAUCGGAAUACGUCGAAUGUUGUCACCCCAUGUAUUUAUUUAUGAGAAGAAAUGAAGCGAUAUAGUGAAAGUCAUCUGACCCCUCGUUCGAUUGAAUAUUCCUCCGAUUUCGAACGACCGGAUGAUCUUAACCUUGAGGUAGGGGCCGAACUUGCCCUGAUGUUAUAAAGCCAAGUACGGGGAUCCGCUUUUCGUAGUUCAAGGAAAGUGUUUUGUGACACGAUGCGUUCGUACCAGUUUUUGUUCGGAUGGUUCGCAAUGGUAUCAGCUACUCCUUAUCAGCCCGAUCUGCACGGCUACGCCCCUGGAUAUGACAGACCGUCAGAUUACAGCUUCAGCUACGGCGUAAAAGACCCGACCACCGGUGACGUCAAGCACCAAUGGGAGAAGAGCGAAAACGGACACGUCAAAGGCCAGUACUCCCUGCUGGAGGCUGACGGUUCCGUCAGGACGGUAGACUAUACGGCCGACUCCAAAAGCGGCUUCAACGCCAUAGUGAAACACUCGGGUCAUUUCCGACACCCUACACCCUACUCUGGUAAAUCUGCUUCGAGCCACAGCCACCUCGUCAAAGAAGCUCAACGAGAAGAGCCUGAUAUCGAGUACAAGUAUCUCGGAGAACACCAAGAGUACCAACUGCAAGACCCCGAAGUGUUGAAGAACCACGCUACUGAGUUUAUAGCUCAGGAGGAGGUCGCUCAGGAGUCUCAGAGGUCGACGGUCAAGUCUCCGAACGCGUGGACCAAAGGAAGCUACGAGAGCGCCCAUCAGCAGCUUCCGGUGGAUCUCACGUUCCUCAAGAAGGAAAUCGUGCCCGUGGAUGUGAGCCUAGUGAAGCCUAUCGAGAUAAACCUCAAUAGAGGAGAGUCGAGAGACGUCCACAAACCCUACGACGAAUUGUCAGAAGCUGAGCUCAGGAAAUACCUGUCCAAUUACUAUGCCGAUGGAGGAGCUGACGGGUUGCUGACAAAGCCGAUAAUGGAGAAAGGUUUCAAGCCUUUGAAGGCUGAGGGUGGAGGGGAGAGGGUGAUCCCUCAGACGUACGUGUCGAAUAAGAAGCCGAACACGACACCAGGGCUUGGGCAGUACUCGAGCCUGAGGAAAUCACCCAACAGCUACGGGCGUCCAAGUAAGCACCAGAAUCGCAGGCUGAUGGGCAGGAACCUGAAGGUGUACCACGGCAGAAACAACGACAGCUACACUUACGCCAAACAGUACAAGUUUGGGUGAAGAACCACGUGAAAAUCAGACGUUAGUUUUACUCACCCUAAUUUAAUUAUUUAAGAGUGUUUUAGUGUAAAUAAAUGUCGAUUUGUUGU